UCCUAUCGGACGCAUUGGUGCAUGCUCAUAUACCCUCUGACAACUUAAUGUGCUGUGCCUCUGAAAGAGCUUGCUUGGCUUCUGUUCUCUGGUCAUUGAUACACCGUUUCGACUCCACAUAUUUGGUCUGUUUGGCCCGACAAUGAUCAGGGCAGCAGUCUAGAGGCGUUGCGCAACCCCCCGUCGACGGAACACCGCAGAACAAGGCACUCCCACCACAGUCAUUCCUUCACGAUGUGGCGGGAUCGCACCAACCUUUAUAUCUCCUACCGACAGUCGUUCACGCAUCACCCGGCCAAGAAGCCACGUUAUCUCGGCGCCUCCAAUGGCUUCUCCGACAUCCCUUCACAAUCCGAAGAGAGCCGUAGACUGAUCUCCGAAACGGGAGGGUCGGAUGAGGAUGGCGACGCAAUCAUCGAGAUGGACGUGUUACCCCCGCGCUGGGUCGACGUGCAGGACGAAGUGACGGAGCUACUCGCCGACAUCGCGCAAAAGUCCGCCCAACUGGACAAGCUACAUCAGAAGCACCUCCUUCCGGGGUUCGGGGACGAAGAGAUCAGGAAGCAGGACGAAGCGGCGAUCGAGCGACUUACCCAGGACAUCACGCGCUCCUUCCACGCAUGCCAGAAGGCGGUCCAGAGAAUCGAGGUAAUGGUGCGAGAGGCCAAACAGCAGGGCGGAGUCAGCAGCGGCGAUGAGACCAUGGCGAAGAAUCUACAGAUCUCACUGGCCGCUCGCGCGCAAGAGGCCAGCGCUCGGUUCAGGAAGAAGCAAAGUAAUUACCUAAAGAAGCUACGAGGCUUGGAGGGUGGAUCGUCCUCAUUCGAUCGAUCACCAACCCCGAUGCAGAACCCCUAUACGGAUCCCUCCUUGAUGGAAUCGGAUGCGGACAAGUCCUUCUCCCAAUCGACGCUUAUGCAGACCUCACAGCGCCUGUCGACUUCGAACGAUGCCGCUAUCGUGCAACGGGAACGGGAGAUCAAUGAUAUCGCCAAAGGCAUUAUCGAGCUGUCGGACAUCUUCCGCGAGUUGCAGGCGAUGGUCAUUGAUCAGGGCACCAUGCUGGAUCGAAUAGACUACAACAUUGAACGGAUGGGAACGGAGGUGAAAGCUGCAGAUAAGGAGCUCAAAGUGGCAACCAACUAUCAGCGGCGCACAGUCAAACGCAAAAUCCUCCUCCUCCUUGUAAUCUUGGUGGCAGGAUUGUUCAUCGUAUUACUCGUCAAGCCCAAGAAACAUGAUUCCCCCGAACCUCCUUCGCCGGCACCGGCACCGGCACCGGCACCGGCACCAGAGCCACUUGCUGCACCACAAGGCCAAGAAACACCCGCAUUGAAUCCUCGCGCAUUCGAGACGAUCUAUCGCCGAAAGAAACGACCAUCACUGUCCGUGGUCGCGAGGGAUAAAUGGGUAGACCCUGACAUAUACCGAUAGUUUUUUCCGUCUAGAUGGCCUCAGUAACCCU